AUGUGCGAAGGGCCAUCCCGGAUUUCUGGGCCCAUUCCUCCAGACCCUGUGCUCUUUCCAAACUACUACAAACGCCCCUUCUCAGCUCAAGGGAGGCUGGAAGGGAAUGCUCAGAAGCUGGAUUUUACCUCUACCCCCAUGGGCCCAGUUCCCAACCCAUCCUCUGCUUUGGGCAGUGCCCGCCAGGUCCAGCCAGCCCCUCGCAUUCGCCCCAGUGGCAAGGAUUUCCUGGAGAAGGGACAGAAGGGAACACUCGGCCUCUUGUUGCAGCUUGAAGGGAUCUCCCUUGGUGGGGGGCUGCCAGCCAGGAUGAAAGAGUUCAAGGACCACGAGAAGGAAAAUGUGAGGCGAAUAAAGGAGAUUCAGAAGAAGUGCAAAGAGAAGGAGCGAGCCCAGGAGCACAGCCAGCCCAGGCCUGUGAAAGCUCUGUGGAAAUCCCAGAAAUAUGAAAAUGUGGAGUCAAAGGUGAAGGCCAAACUGCAGGAGAGCUCCCCACCUCCAAAUCCAGAGGCUGUGAAAUUCCUGAGGGCUUACUCUCGCUGUGGCCCUGGGAUCAAGCCGUGCAAACCGCUCUCCCCAAGGUCUGCCAGGACGAAAGCAGGGCCAGACACGGAGGCUCCAGAGGCUGUGGGUACUGAAACCAAGAUGCACGUGGAGGGCAAGAGCAUCGACUUCGUCAGGCACAACGCCCGCCAGGCCGGGCGGGCCCCGCUGCGCCGCUCCCAGUCCCUGCAGGCGCUGGCCCAACUGAUGGAGCAGAAGCAGCGGGAGCAGGAGGAGUACAACACCAAGCAGAAGGGCCAUGUCCCCCAGUACCUGCUGGAGAGGAAGGAGCUGUGGCGCAGGCAGGUGGAGGAGCGGCUGCGGAACCUGCCAGACCCUGACACCCCACCUGGUCAUGCCUUGAUGCCGGAAAACCAGCGGCUGGAGACCCUUGGCAAUCUGAAGCAGAGCCAGGAGCAGCUGGUAAAGGACCUGGUGAUGCUGCCAGUGCGCACGGACACCCUGAGCAUGCAGAAGAGGCGGGUGGAGCUGGAGAGGAAGCUCUCCCAGAUAGAGGAGGCCAUCAAAAUUUUCUCGAGGCCCAAAGUCUUUGUCAAGCUGGACUCCUGA